AUGGUGGUUUUCAAUGGCUUGCUGAAAAUCAAGAUCUGCGAGGCGGUGAAUCUGAAACCCACGGCGUGGUCUCUGAGGCAUGCGGUGGGUCCCAGGCCACAGACCUUUUUGCUGGACCCUUACAUCGCCCUCAAUGUGGACGACUCCAGGAUCGGGCAGACCUCGACCAAGCAAAAGACCAACAGUCCUGCUUGGAACGAUGAAUUUGUCACCGACGUUUGUAAUGGCAGGAAGAUAGAGAUGGCUGUUUUCCAUGAUGCCCCCAUCGGGUACGACGAUUUUGUAGCUAACUGCACUAUACAGUUUGAGGACUUGCUGCAGAACGGGAGCCGUCACUUCGAGGACUGGAUUGACUUGGAGCCAGAAGGGAGAGUCUAUGUCAUCAUAGACCUUUCAGGAUCAUCAGGUGAAGCACCCAAGGACAAUGAAGAGCGUGUGUUCCGGGAACGGAUGCGCCCCAGGAAGCGCCAGGGUGCCGUGCGGCGCAGGGUGCAUCAGGUUAAUGGACACAAGUUUAUGGCCACCUACCUUAGACAGCCAACAUAUUGCUCACACUGCAGAGACUUUAUAUGGGGUGUAAUAGGAAAACAGGGAUACCAGUGUCAAGUUUGCACUUGUGUAGUUCACAAGAGAUGCCAUGAACUUAUAAUAACAAAAUGUGCUGGCUUAAAAAAGCAGGAAACUCAUGAUGAGCAAGUGGGAUCCCAGCGUUUCAGUGUCAACAUGCCUCACAAGUUCAGCAUUCACAAUUACAAAGUGCCCACCUUCUGUGACCACUGUGGUUCUUUGCUCUGGGGUCUUUUGAGACAAGGUUUACAAUGCAAAGUUUGCAAGAUGAAUGUACAUCGACGCUGUGAAACAAAUGUGGCACCAAACUGUGGAGUGGAUGCUAGAGGCAUAGCUAAAGUUCUUGCAGAUCUUGGAGUCACUCCAGAUAAGAUCACUAAUAGUGGGCAGAGGAGGAAAAAGCUAAUUGCAGGUGCAGAGACUCAACCACCAGUUCCGGGAUGCGCAUCAUCAGAAGAAGAUAGGUCAAAAUCAGCGCCAACAUCUCCAUGUGAUCAAGAAAUCAAAGAGCUGGAAAACAACAUUAGGAAAGCAUUAUCUUUUGACAACCGGGGAGAGGAGCACAGAGCAGCAGCUACCACGUCGACAGACAACCAGCUUAACAAACCUGGGGAGAAUGGUGAAAACGGGGAGGUCAAACAGGCCCAGAGCAAGCGAAUAGGUCUUGAAGAGUUCAACUUCAUCAAAGUAUUAGGAAAAGGCAGCUUUGGCAAGGUAAUGUUAGCUGAGCUAAAAGGAAAAGAUGAAGUAUAUGCAGUGAAAGUCUUGAAGAAAGAUGUCAUACUCCAAGAUGAUGAUGUAGACUGUACAAUGACAGAAAAGAGAAUCCUGGCAUUGGCACGGAAACAUCCAUAUUUAACACAACUUUACUGCUGCUUCCAGACAAAGGACCGCCUCUUUUUCGUCAUGGAGUAUGUAAAUGGAGGAGACCUAAUGUUUCAAAUCCAGCGCUCACGAAAAUUUGACGAACCUCGAUCCCGCUUUUAUGCUGCAGAGGUCACAUCAGCACUCAUGUUUCUUCACCAACAUGGCGUCAUCUACAGGGACCUGAAACUGGACAAUAUUCUUCUGGAUGCAGAAGGCCACUGUAAACUGGCUGACUUUGGGAUGUGCAAAGAAGGGAUUCUGAAUGGAGUGACCACCACGACGUUUUGUGGCACACCUGACUAUAUAGCUCCAGAGAUCCUCCAGGAGCUAGAAUACGGUCCAUCUGUGGACUGGUGGGCUCUGGGUGUUCUCAUGUACGAAAUGAUGGCUGGACAACCCCCCUUUGAAGCUGACAAUGAAGAUGAUCUCUUUGAAUCCAUCCUUCAUGACGAUGUAUUGUAUCCAGUCUGGCUCAGUAAAGAAGCUGUCAGCAUUUUAAAAGCAUUCAUGACAAAAAAUCCCAACAAGAGACUUGGCUGUGUGGCGUCACAAAAUGGGGAAGAUGCGAUUAAGCAGCAUCCAUUUUUCAAGGAAAUUGACUGGGUUCUCCUAGAACAAAGGAAAAUUAAGCCACCCUUCAAACCUCGGAUUAAAACCAAAAGGGAUGUAAAUAACUUUGAUCAAGACUUUACACGAGAAGAACCAGUAUUAACACUAGUGGAUGAGACAAUUAUAAAACAAAUCAAUCAAGAAGAAUUUAAAGGUUUCUCUUAUUUUGGAGAAGAGCUACUGCCAUAG